AUGAACAGAUUCAUAUUCUUCUGUGCAUUAUAUUGCUAUGCUCUCGUAGAUACUCAGUCACCUACAGGAAGUGAGUGCCAACAUGGUGAUGGCGUCUCUGUUCUAUCUGGGGAACUGUGUGUUGUCACCAACCAGCGUGGAGACAGCAGUGAUGAGAAACAAGGUUCCUCCUGUGAGAACUGUGAUUUUGAAACUGAUCUGUGCAAAGCUCUUCAUGAAUUGAAUUUACAGUCUGGAUGGAUAAGAAGAAAUGGUCGAUCUGGCAUGGGACCACCAUACUCUGACCACAAUGGGAAUGACAGUGCUUAUUUCCUCUCAUUGUCUUCUGAAAUGCGAUCCUCUUCUGCAACUUUAAGGACCAAUGUUUUCCUUCCAACAGAUGAAGAACACAUUUGCCAGAUUACAUUUCAUUAUUGGAUCAGUCAAAUGAGUGGAACAUUGAUGGUGGGGCUUCAAAAGCACUCUGAAGAUACUAUUACAAACAUCUGGCAAGUUUCAGGAGAACUGCAAAAUCAGUGGAAAGCAAAUACCAUCUCAAUAAAUAGCACUGAAAAAUAUGAGGUCAUCUUUUGGGGGAUGGUGGAGACCCAGAGACAAGAUGAAACUGUUGCCAUUGAUGAUAUUACUUUUAGUGAAGGAUGUUCUCUGGCAUGUGCACCGCAGACUUCCAGUUUUGAGCUUGACAUGUGUGAGUGGCAUUCAGGUCAGCCGGCUAAGCCUGCUAUGUGGACACGACUGCAAGCUGGGCACAAGAUUGCCUCCUGUUCCUUCCUGAAAGACUGGAGCAACAAUACUGAAGGCCAUUUUGAGUACUUAGAAGCUAACAACAAUGCAUCAUAUAAAAGUGGUUAUCUUAACAGCUCCAUGUGUCGUUGCUCCAGCAAGAAUUGCCAUUUUCAGUUUCAUUACUCCAUGGCAGAUAGCAGUGUUCUCAAGGCGGUACUGUUUACUAAUCAGGAGGAACGUAUCUUGUGGGAAACCAACAUCAUGACUAAGAAGGAAUGGGUCAAAGUGGAUAUACAGCUACCAACAGGACUAGGAAAAUUAAAGCUUAUGUUUAAAGGAUCAGUCCAGAGCAGGGCAGGGUUCAUCUGUCUGAAUAGCAUCCAGCUCUUGGACGCUAAACCAUCAGACCCACCAGGUUUCUGCUCCUUGGAGGAAUUCACCUGCACUGACGGGCAGUCCACAGAGCCUGGAUCAGCCUGUGACUCUCACGUAGAUUGUUCUGACGGCAGCGAUGAGGAUCCAGCAACCUGCUCUAAUUACAUUAUAUGUGAUUUUGAGAUUGACCUCUGUGGAUGGAAGCCACUAAGCAUAGGUGAUGCUGACUGGAACAUAAUGAAAGAACAGGCUCCCUUUGACAGAAGGUCAUACAGAGGUCAUACAACUAACAGUGGACAUGGAGCAUUCAUUUACUUCAGUGGAUCGCAUCAGAUGAACACCAAGAUGGCCGUGUCUCAUCUGGGGAGCCCUUUCUUUGUCAAGCUCUCCCCUGGGCCUUCCUGUUGUCAGAUAAGAUUUUGGUACUGGUUAUCUCAGGAUUCCCAGCUUUCUGUCUUUAAAAGAACUGUACUGGAUGGAAGUUUGGAAAAAUUGUGUGACAUUUCAGGAUUGCCUAAGAUGCAGUGGACAAAAGUGAAUAUACCUAUAGAAGGUGCAGCUGAGGACUUACCUUUUCAGAUCAUUUUACGAGCUACAAUUCUAACAACAAAUGCUACUGUUGCUGUUGAUGACAUCAGUAUAACAGAGGAAUGUGGAGUUGUGAAUAAAUCACUUCCAGGUGUCAGCCAAGAAAGUGAAGCUGCUGCAUGUGAUUUUGAAAGAGAGAGCUGCGGUUGGAUUGAAACUGCAAAUGCAGAUGAAUUUGAUUGGGUAAGAAGUUCCAGUAGUGCUCUUGCACCUGCUUUUCAGAAGCAAGCUCCUCCACAUGAUCACACCUACAACAAAUCUGAAGGUCAUUUUAUGUUCAUUCUGAAAAACAGCAGCAGCAUUUCACAAGUAGCUCAGCUACGAAGCCCGAAGUUCAGACAAACUGGAUCAAAUUGCACAUUGUCCUUUUGGUAUUACAAUUACGGCCAGUCGGUUGGGGCAGCAGAGAUGCAGUUGCUUGUGGACGGGCUGAAGCAGCCUACUGUCCUUUGGAGGGCAUAUUACAACGAGGGAAAUCAAUGGCUGAAAGCAGUCAUUCAGCUUGGACGCCUUCUACAUCCUUUCCAAUUAUCACUUGAUAAAAUCAGUCUGGGUUUUUAUGACGGCGUCUCAGCAAUUGAUGAUAUUAUAUUUGAAAAUUGUGCUCUUCCACCUCCAGCAUUAAGUUGUGAAGGUCCUAAUCAUUUCUGGUGCAGAGACACAAAAGUGUGUAUUGACAGUUUAUUGGUCUGUGAUCUUGUGGAUAACUGUGGGGAUGGAUCGGAUGAAGAUAACUGUAACCCUGACCUGAAGUGUAACUUUGAAGAUGGGUUGUGCAAUUGGGAGCAGGACGUUGAAGAUGACUUUGACUGGAUCAGAAUACAGGGUCCAACCCCCACAGUUAAUACAGGCCCGUUAAAGGAUCACACGACAGGCACAGCUGGGGGCCACUACCUCUACAUGGAAUCCUCCGAGCCACGCCAAUUCCAAGAUAAAGCAGUUUUGCUUAGUCCUCUCUUCAACCCUUCCGGCAACGGAACCUGCAUUUUCCGCUUUCAUUAUCAUAUGUUUGGAAAGCAAGUUUACAAGCUGUCAGUCUUCCAGAGAACUGUGAGUAAUAGCAAGGGACAGCUGUUGUGGUACAAGUUUGGAAAUCAAGGAAACAGAUGGAUCAGACAGACACUCUACAUCAGCACCUCUAAGCCAUUUCAGAUCUUGGUGAAAGGUACUGUAGGAGAUGGUUUCACUGGAGACAUUGGACUUGAUGACAUGUCUUUUCUAGGCUGUACUCUUUAUAAUGGAAACUUACCAACAAUCUCUACAACUACUUCAGGAACUUCAGUUCCUGCCACACUCCCCAUGAACAACUGCACAGAGAAGGAGUUUGUCUGUAGAGACUCUGGUCAUUGCAUCCAGAUGAUCCAGAAGUGUGAUUUUAGACCUGACUGCUCUGACAAGUCUGAUGAAUCAGCUUGUGUUAUGGAAGUCUGCAACUUUGAAGAUAAAAACCAGUGUGGAUGGUAUCAACCAGCCUUGGAAAAGAUGUCAGGAAAUGAUUCCAUCCAUACCAUGAACAUAUUCAGGUGGGAACUUGGAAGAGGGGCAAAUCUCUACCCUGGGGAAGAAAAACACUGCCCAUUAAUUGAUCAUACUACGUGUACUGGAGAAGGCUGGUAUCUGUUUGCAGACAGCUCGAAUGGAGAAUUUGGUCACACAGUUGACAUUGUUACCCCAGUCAUCUCCCUUACGGGGCCCAAAUGCAAAAUCAUAUUCUGGAACCACAUGAAUGGAUCAACAAUAGGUUCUCUGGAGGUACUCUGUAAAACCAGCAACAGGACUUCUAAACUGUGGACUCAAAGUGGCAGCCAAGGUCCCCAGUGGAACAGAGCAGAAGUGUUCUUAGGAAUUCGUUCAAAUUUCCAGGUUGUUUUCAGGGCAAAACGUGGUGUCAGUUACAUGGGAGACGUGGCAGUGGAUGAUAUUACCUUUGAAGAUUGUUCCCCUUUGCUCAUCCCAGGCAGACCUUGCACACCAGAGGAAUUCACAUGUGCCAACAAGUACUGCAUCCCAAAGGAUAGUCUGUGUGAUUUUGUAAAUGACUGUGCAGAUAACUCAGAUGAGAGCCCUACUAUUUGCAGUACAUCUAUUGGGCAUUGCAAUUUUGAAUUUGAUCUUUGUGGAUGGAAGCAAGAUGAAAAUGAUGAUUUUGACUGGAACCUCAGAACUAGCAGUACUACAAAAAUGGGCACUGGACCAGCUAUUGAUCAUACAUUGCAAGAGCCAUCUGGUCAUUAUAUUUUUAUAAAGAGUUCAUUUCUUCAGCUGCCAGGACAGAAAGCUAGAAUUUCUAGUCCUGUCCUAAGCAGAAGGAAUAAAAACUGCAAGGUAUUUUUCUAUUACCAUAUGUAUGGAGCUCACAUUGGAUCAUUGAUUGUCUACCAGAGGACUAUGGCAAAUCAUGAAAAAAUUCUACUUAAUCUUACUGGAAACCAGGGAAAUUUCUGGCAGCGCAAGGUACUGAUCCUGGCUGGAGGUGGAGAUGAAGAUUUCCAAGUUGUCUUUGAAGGGAUAGCUGGAAAAGGUCCCAAAGAUGGCAUAGCACUUGAUGACCUCACAUUUUCCAGGGAGUGCUUACCAUCCCAGGAGUUUUUACCAGCAGAACCCACAACACUGCCUCCAACAG